GGGGCUCGACAUAACACGUUAAACAGUGUAAAACUGUAGCUCAAAGCUUUUAGAGCCUUUUCCUGUAUUUUAAAAUAAAAUUUCUGGGCCUAAAUUCUAAAUUUCAAAAUUUCAGUUCGAUCAAGCAACUUUAGUAAAUUAAUAAGUAUGAGGUUGUUUGGUAGAAUUACGCGUUUUAUACAGAUAUCCCGAUGCAUCAGUUACCAUGCUCCCCAUUUUCGCCCGCGCAGUUUGCUCGGUGCCAACAGGCUUUUUGAGCUAGCUAGCUCUGCCUCCUCUGGAUGUCUGUCGACGAAGAUCACGAUUUCGUCGAGCUCCGGCCACAUACGGGUGCAGAGGUACUCGCAGAAGAGCUCCAAUGUCUUCAACAUCACCGAAAACAUCGACAUGCUGCGCAAGCGGAUCAGCUUCUCUGGUGCACCCAACACUGCCGCCCAGAUCCUGCCCGUUGGAUUAAUUACGCCAGAGGCUGGUGACGAGAAGGACCUCAAGAUCGUGAUUGUUCCUUUGAACCUGGCCGGCAUGGAUGCCAACGGCCUAAAGGAGACCCUUGAGGCAAUCAACCAGCUGCGCAUGUACGCGCACCAUAUUGAAGCCUUUUCUAGCAGUAUGGUCGACGACUACAACGCCUUGAACGAGGCCUUCCAGGAGGUUGACUCUGCGAAGCUGGAAAAAGAAGCCAAACUCGAGGCCACUGCCAAGGAUAAUGCAUUCUGGGAUGACUUUCCCACAGCCGAUGCAGUGGCCACUUCAUCGCUUGAUGCGCACCUUGGUCUCAGCACGACCCUGCCGCGCCAGGAGGCGGUUGGCUGCCUGCAGGAUGCCUUGAGUAAUCCAAAAACUGGAAGCUCGCCACUGAAGACCAGCAAAUCUAUGUCGGCCGUGGCCCAACCUAACCCCCAACCUAGCCCCCAACCUGACGCCCAACCCCUUACCCGAUUCUCGGCCGUGGAAGCCGACCUCAAAAAAGCUACCAUUGGGGACGACAUCAUUGACGAGGUUCAAGUGGAUGUUCCACAGGAUCUAAGUGAUCGUCUUAACGAUAUGGCAGUCUCGUCAAUGGAGCUCUCCUUUGAGAUGGACAUGACCAACCUCCGCGAUGCCCUCGCCAGCAAUGACAAUGCUGUGAACAACCAGGAUCCCAUGAUCUGCAUGCAUACCAAAGUGGAGAUGAGCUCGCCUGGAGAGGAGAAGAAAACGGUUCCGCUCAGGUUCAAUGGCUUGAUUUCGGGAGUCGUGGAGAUCGAUGCCCAGAAGCUGAAUCUGACGGACGAGCAGAUGCCCGGAUAUAACGACCACCUCACCGCGCUGGCCGCCAACCUGUGCAGCACAGCCUUGGAGAAGGGCUUCUCCAAGGACACGAGUCUGCAGCUUAUCAAGGGAGAUGCGAAAUUGAUGGCGCUUAGUGCGCAAGUAGAACAUCAGCGUGAGAAGAUAGGGGUUGCUGAUCAGCAGCCUCAGGCGAAUUUCGCCUAUCCUUUGGAGUUGCCAGUGCCCACGGACAAGGAUGGGUGCAAGAACCCACCUGUCAAGCCAAAGCGCAAGUGUCCCGGAAAGUGUCCUUUAAUUGACGACCCCUGCAAGGAGGAUCCCUGCAAGCGACCCGACGAAAAACAGAAAAAGCCGCCCAAGAAGGCUCUAAGUACCACGGAGAUUACAGCUUCGACCCAGGCCGAACCGGAACCAUGUGUCAAGGACGCAGAAAAGAAGGAUCCAUGUGCCAAGGAAGAUCCGUGUGCUAAGGACGACAAGGAAAAAAAUGACCCUUGUGCCAAGGACAGUGAGAAGAAAAAAAAAGACAAAAAGAAAGACCCCAAUGCCAAGAAAGCCAAGAAGGACCCCUGUGCCAAGUUUAAGAAAGGCGGCAAAGAUGGCAAGGGCGGCAAGUUUUCGACCUUCGCCAGGAAUCAUAAUCCAAACAAGCGCUACCUGUCCACGGCACUGAACCAGGCUUUCCCCGAGCCCGGAUCGCAUUCCAGCCCUAAGGGUCCUCGUUUCCCUGUCUUCUCGACACUUCUGCGCCGUCACUACCGUGUCGCCGUUCCAAAGGUCCCCUUGACACAACGGCUGGUACACAAGGUUAGUCCUCCAGCCCGUUUUAUUAUUAACUCGACAAUCUUGCGUCGAGACUAUUCGAAAAAGAAGUCUGGUGGCAAGUGCGGAAAAUUGGACUCGAAAUUCCCCAAAAGCAGGGGCAAGGAUAUCAAGGAGCGAACGGGUAUUCGCGAAGACUGCUUUAAAGACGACGGCAGCUGCGGCGUCAAGAGUUGCACCGGCAAGUGCUCAAAAGUCAAGUUCCCUAAGAAGAAGUGCGACCGCAGUAACAAGGACAAAAAGAGCAGGCUGUUUGGCCAGUUUGCUGCCGUACAUCUGCAAUCGCAGCAAAGGUUUUUCAGCCCCCUGGCUAGUAUUCAACCAUCUCCGUCCGAUUUGAACCCAAACAAGCACCUCUCAAAGGGUCAAGGAUACGCCUUGCGUAUUUCGGACUCCUUCAAAGUUGAACUGAUACCAAUGAGUAAACCCAGUCCAAGAGAUUUCGAUGUCCUUAUACGAACAGGUUCAGUGGCAAUUUCGGGCUCGGACAUCCAUGUCUAUGAAAACGGCAACCGUUGCACAGAAGCUAUGUCUCUAGGUCACGAUGCCACGGGAUACGUGGAGGAAGUCGGCCGCAGUGUCCAGCACCUGAAAGUGGGAGAUCGUGUGGUUGUCGAAUCUGCACUAUCCUGCAGCAUCUGCGACCUCUGCAAACAGGGGCUCUACAACAUGUGUGCCGGGUUGGUAUACAAUGGAUUUUUGAGGACCUUUCAAACGCAUCCGGCUGACCUCUGUCACCGGUUGCAUCCAUCAAUAAGCAUGGAGGAGGGAGCUCUAACCCAAACCUUAGCCUUGGGAUGUCAAGCGUGCUUCAAGGGCAACAUAAGGCCCACAAGCAAUGCCCUUAUUCUGGGAACCUGCCCCACGGCAGUAGCGUCGGCGAUUUGCGCCCAAGCAAUGGGAGCCAGGAAGAUAAUAUUUGCCGGAUGCAAAGGUCCCGCCCUCGAUGUGAUCUCCCGAGAGUUUGGCUUCGAUGCUGUCGAGUUCGACAACAGCAGCCUCUUCAGCGAAGUUCUUGAGGCCAUCUACAGUAAGUUCCAGACCUGGCCCAAUUGUGUCAUAAACUGCUCCAUUUCGGCAAUGUCGAUGAACCUGGCAGUUAUGGCCCUGCAGCCGUGUGGUGUAUGUGUGUUAUCAGAGUGCGAUUCCGAGUGUGCCAGCUUCAAUGCACUCGAUGUUCUGAUGAAGAAUAUCCGCUUGAUACCCAGUUUUCGAUCCGCCAACAUGUAUCCCACUGCCCUGCAACUUAUGGACUCUAGGCAGGCGUGCAUGAAGAAGUUCAUCACGGCCACGUACCCCUUAUGCGAAGCGGACCAGGCCUUCCGGUCGGCGCGGCACGAGUCAAAUAUGGGGCUGGGUAAAGUCAUUGUUAACUGUGCAGAAAAUGGGGCCUUGGACGAAUAUUGUCGAAAUUCUGAGUAACAUUGUACAAACUAAAUAGCUGUCCUGAAAAAAAUAAUUCAGUUUUAAGAGUUUCAAUAAUAAGAAAAACAAAAUCGA